GUUGUUUUAAUCGCUGCAUCUGUUGACAGAAUCAGUUGGCCAUGAUCUGUAGAACUACAAUACAAUAGCCUCUGUAUAGGUAUAUGCAUUCAUUGUGUACACAUGUGCACAUGAACCCACAUGGUUAUAGACAAACGGAUGUCCACCUGAGCAUCGCUAUAUGGAGACACGUCAGAAAUACACUGUCGAGUGGAUGUGAUGAUCAGAUGGAGUCAAGAUGAUCUCACCCCUCUGCCAGCCCUGCCGGUGGGGUGGCCCACAGUCAGGAGUUCAAAUAAUCCCAGAAACACUAUAUUUCCAAGCAACGAUGCCCCACUGAGCCAAUCGAAUGUAAUGUCAGCCGACACACAACAAGCGCCAAAGGAGAGGAAGUGGGGGCGCAAGGUACAUCGCUUAGUCAUUCGUGCCAAGUACUCCCUGUUGAGCUUCCGCCGUUCGCUUGUGUUGCUAUGUGGUGUGGUGUGUGUGGUGUGUGUGGUAUCGGUCAUGACAGCCACUGCCACAGACCACCCAAUGAUCUGGAGGAAGCGUCAUGCAGUCGCCCUAGACACCACACAGCUGUGGCAUCACUUACACGGCAUUCCCUCGGGCUACACUCGAACUGGCUUUGUGGGUCAUCGCUCGGCUGAUGUGGACAGUGUGUGUGCAGCGGUGGCCAUGGCUCAUCUCUUCGGUAUGUGCGAGUUUAUAAACCCUGUCAAGCGUAUGGUUGGUAACAGAUGGAUGAGUUUAUAA